AUGGAUCCCUCGUCUCCCCCUCACUCCCCACAUUCAACACCUCCUCCAUCUUUCCCCCUCUCCCCAUCCCUUUCCCCCCCGCAGGAGUUUGAGGAGAUCUUUGCAACCAUGGAUCGCAACGGCGAUGGGUCGAUAGAUUUUGAGGAAUACGUUGCGGUGAUGAGCGGUUACAUGGGCGAGCAGAACAUGCAGCAGGACCUCAUCGCCAUGUACCAGCUCUUCUCUGAUAAGCGAACUGGCAAGAUAUCGCAGCGCACGCUCAAGAGGGGCGUGUUGGCCCUCGGGAUUGUCUUCUCCGACGACGAGAUCAGGGGCAUGUUCAACAGUGCUGACGUGGAUGGUAUGUUUCACAGUGCUGACGUGGAUGGUAUGUUGCACAGUGCUGACGUGGAUGGUAUGUUUCACAGUGCUGACGUGGAUGGUAUGUUGCACAGUGCUGACGUGGAUGGUAUGUUCCACAGUGCUGACGUGGAUGCUAUACAGUGUGGACACGGAUGGUAUGCUAUGCUGUGA